AUGAAAAUUCUUUAUAUUGCAAUAACGGUGCUUUCCGCUGCGAGAUCCAUGUCACACAAUGUUGUCUUUAACGGGACAGGAUUUGGGACCUACUACUACGAUGUUGCCCAGGUCGAUGUUUGUGGUACCAGCUUCUCUAAUCAGAAUCUCGGUGAUGUAGAGUGCAGCUUCACCACAGGAUUAUCAUUGGAUGACAUCGCCUCCAAUUACGUUGUUGCAAUGAACCACACCCAGCUUGUGCAAGAUCCAGCCAAAUACUGCGGAAAGCGAGUAGUUGUCUCUGUCAAUGGACAGCGGUCUUCCCAUCUUCUUUUCAUUGGUGAUGGCUGUGUGCGUUGUGCACAAGGGUCCCAUACUACCUGGAAUCCUGAAGAGGCCGCAGGUCUCGAUUUCAGUUGCUCAGUACUAGAUGAAUUGAUGGAUAAUCAGGCUUGCAAUGACGGAUAUGCAAGGAUAUCAUGGGAAAUUAUUGACCAAACCCUCUACCAAUUCAAUACCACUGACAUCGGAGCGUCACGGGAUCCUGUAUCCGCAUCAACCAAAUUUUGCUCUUAG